AUGGUACAAUGGUGUAGUGGCUGUAGCGGCCCUAAACCGGGAAUGUGAGGUGGUCUAAAGCUUCAACGGGUAAACUCAUCUGUGCGCUGGUUCAAGACCGUCCCCUCCAGAAAACUUGGUGGCCUUAUACCUCUCGCCUCGUAAGGGAUGAUCAGGUCCGGGAUAAACCGUCCUUAUCAGGCCAGGGAAGCAAUUCCGCAACCUGCAGGACGCGCCGAGUUAGUCUUCGGAGACAAGGACGAGUCGUCUGUUCGCGCGGACGAGCCGUGCCUCUCGCAAACCUUUUGCCUCUGUAUAGAGAGUAUAUCUUUUUGUUCAUACCACAAAGACUACUGUACAACCUGGCAGUCGCUCGGCUAAUAUUUGUUUCUUGCUAGAACAUCCAACCACCUUCGACGGACAUUACUUGUUGAAAGCCGUCAUGACGCGUUAUAGUGUGUUUCUGGGUGCGCCCUCAAACACAAACAUUUAUGCCGAAUUAGACGGCGAACAAAAGUGUUCCUAUCGUUGGUAUACUGCAUCAUCCCCGGAUCUGGUUCUUCCUCCUGGAACUCUGGAAGCGGUUAGUCGCCGAAUAUCUAUGCUAUACGAGAACAUUAUCUUCGACAGAGAAGAAGAGGAGGGUGAUUAUGCAGGAAUUUCUGUACAGAGCGAAGGCGAACAAAUUGAAAUAGACCGGACCACCUUCAUUACCUGGCCUCCUACCACUAUCGAGCGAGGAAUAUCUGCAUCUAAAUCCAGAAUUUCAUUCUUGCAUGCGUCAACCAGCAUUUCUCGCAUGCAGACCAUGCAGGGGACUCAGGAGACUCAAGAAACAGGUUCCUAUGACCAUUCAAGCGCGUCAUCCAUUACUCGUUUUCCCGCAUUUCAUUUCAGCCUGCACGGCGUCACUUCCUUGGCUCAUCUCGUCGGCCGAUUACAUUCCGAGCAAGAUGGUGCGAGAAAGGUGAACAUACUUGUUGCAAUUCUAGAGGUAGAAGGGCCAGACGUAAUUCGUGUGAAGAAAGGCAUCGACGCCGGGAAGGAAGUAGCGGUUCUUAAACUUAUUCUAGGAGACGACGAUGGCAGCGUUUGCAAAUUGACUGCCUGGAGAGAAGUAGCUGAAUGCUGGGGCGGUUCAGACCCUGACCCAUCUGCUCCAGGGAUCAAGAGAGGUGACAUUGUUCUCCUGGAAAGUACGUCCGCUCACCAAGGAAGCCCUGUCAAAGUCAACCUUAUACAGAUCUCCGUCUUCUUCCAUUACUCAUUCAUACUCGUGACCCAAAUAGACGUACUCGUUUCAUCAGAUCCUGCCAACACUUCACAUCUCUCACUGACGGCAUCGCCCCACCUGAAAUCCAAAGCUGAAAUAUGCUACCGCACAAUGCCCAAUAGCCCAGAGGAUGCCCGCUUCCGACCCGAUUUACGACUGGGCUUCAGCGAUAGCACGGUUAGGAAGGUCUCAGAAGUCGUUUCCUGGUUCGAAUCAAUGGCUGGAUUACGCUAGCCACACCGCGAGUCUCACAGACUUUACUCGGUUUCUUUCUAUGUGAAAAGAAGACCUUAAGCCUGCGAGUCUAGUCGGGACGAUCACUUAGCCGCGACAGGACGUGUCCAGGAGGCUUUGAGACGAUUGAAUGGUACCGCCUUAAGCUGCGGUAUGAUUUGCACCAGGACUGCACGGUUCGCAGCAGAUGUAGAUGGAUAUCGAUCGCUAUGUUCUAUUAUCUGAAUGGUAUCCGAAGAUGACCCGACCCAUAAGGAGAAAGCAAUGUUAAAGGUUCGUCUUCUCCAUAGCCGGACAUGACCUGCCAACUGAGAAUCAUGGCAAGUUCAGGGUCAUCUUAUUCAUCGGAAGCGUCUUAUUUCCAUUUCAGACGGACAAUCCCCCUUUGCCCUAGUCCCGUGUCAUUCUUUGUCGAAGCACAAUUCCCUUCUGAUGACGCAUCUUAGUAUUUAUCAAGCAACAUGUUCCCUACUUGCGGCCCAGGAACAAGCCUCGGUCUAACUUUAUAAUAUUAUUCGAUUAUUCGUGGCAAACGGCAAGCCGAAAGAGACGUGUAGAAGCGUCAAUUAGAAGAGUUCUAAAGAGCGACGAAGUACAGAUGAUUGAGUUUUUUUGUUACUGAUGUAAGUACAACGACAUUGUACUAGUGACAAGAUGAGUGUUCGAAUGAGAAGUGUCAAUGUGCUAGCUACUAAGUGAAUGUGUGAGUAUGUACGACCAAAAGCCCCAAUGUAUACAGUUGAAAAGUCAACGUGGUGAUGGAAACAAAUAUGGGUACCUAGUACGAGACGAGAAACGUCUAGUUCUACAUAGGAAACGAAAGGAAGAGAAGAAAAUAGUCCGAGAUCGUCCGAAAAAAUUGCUGUGGAAAACGCAGCAAUGCGAGU